AUGAUUGGACACAGCCGUUCAUUUUAUUCGAUAAUUGGUAGAUUCUCUUUUUUAUUUUUCUUACUACUCUUCAUGAUUAUUCUUGUUUUUUUCUUCCUAAUUUCAUUCUCUUAUUUGUUUUCUAUUAUUUCUUUACUUUUUCUUUCUCUUUACCUUAUCCCUGACAUCGCUUCGUCUUCUUCUUUUCCUCCACUUCAUCUGUUUUGCUUUUCUUUCACAUAUUUCCCUGAUCGUCUUUUUUUUCUUGUUUUAUUUCAUCUUCAGAGUUGCUUCUUUCAUUUUUAUUUAAUUCACACUUUACAUCUUUAUUCGAUUUUCUUUCUUUACCAUUUCUUUAUUUCCUUCUUCUCAUUCAAAGGUUAUCUUCUUUUUCCCUUAAUUUUAUCCUUCCUUAAUUCCCUCUCGUUCGAUUUGUUUUCUUAUACUUUCUUUUCUACUUCCCUCUCUAUUCCUUCUUUACUUCGGACAUAUUCUUUAUUCCGGACAUUUUCUUUACUUCGGACAUCUUCUUUACUCCGGACAUUUUCUUUACUCCGGACAUAUUCUUUACUCCGGACAUUUUCUUUACUUCGGACAUCAUUUUUACUCCGGACAUUUUCUUUACUUCGGACAUCUUCUUUAUUCCGAACAUUUUCUUUACUCCGGACAUAUUCUUUACUCCGGACAUAUUCUUUACUCCGGAAAUUUUCUUUUCUUUCUUUUACGGACAUCAUCUUUACUCCGGACAUUUUCUUUACUUCGGACAUCUUCUUUAUUCCGAACAUUUUCUUUACUCCGGACAUAUUCUUUACUCCGGACAUAUUCUUUACUCCGGACAUUUUCUUUACUUCGGACAUCAUCUUUACUCCGGACAUUUUCUUUACUCCAGACAUCUUCUUUACUCCGGACAUCCUCUUUAAUCCGGAAAUUUUAUUUACUCCGGGCAUCAGUCUUUUUUAUCUGCCUCUAUUUUCUUCGUAA